AUGGCAUCGGCCCUGAAAUAUCAAGAGCAGUGGAGAAAAUUUUUGGAGCUGCAAACGUGGGUUCCAGUGGAAUUUGAGCCGGUCGACGUGACCGCUGUGUUCGGUCGCGACGGCAAGAUGCACAUACCUACGAAAUGCAUCGAUAUGAUGCGCAAAAAUAAAAUCGGUCUCAAAGGUCCUUUGGCAACACCGAUUGGCAAGGGUCAUCGUUCGUUAAACUUGGCCUUGCGGAAGUAGGU